UAAGAGCUUGCGCUCUGUCAAACAAACACUCGUGUUCUCCCCUCUUUCUCUCUCUCUCUCUCUCUCUCCCUCUCCGUCUCUCUCUCUCCUACUCUCACGUGCUCUCUUGUGAGUGUCUCAGUCGCUCUCUGCUGCUCAGUUCAUCAUGUUGGCUGGAGAAUGCUGCGUGCGGCAGCGCUCUCUCUCCUGCCCUGGCGCGGGUCGCAUCUGUCCCACCCGCCACAGCUGAGCACUCUCACGGAGGAGGACGAACCGGAACGGCAGCAGCAGGAGGAAGAGGACGAGGACGAAGGCUCCGGGGUCCAGCCGGACCCCAUGUUCCAACAGACGGCGUACCUGCUGGAGGGUCCGGAGGACAUGGUGGGGUCGUCCGGGGGGCUGAAGUCUCCAGACUGGGUGUACGAGUCCUACUACCGUAUGAGCCAGCAGCAUCCGCUCAUCGUGUUCCUGUUGCUCAUCGUCAUGGGAGCAUGCCUGGCUCUGCUUGCUGUUUUUUUUGCCACCGGACUGACCAUGGAGGAACACAUGGCCUUCAUCAUGACUGUGCCCACAACUCUGGCCAUUUUUCUCACCAUCUUCAUCCUCGUCUGCAUUGAGUCGGUCUUCAAAAGGCUUCUCCGCCUCUUCUCCCUGCUCAUCUGGGGCUGUCUGGUUGCCAUGGGUUACCUCUUCAUGUUCUUCGGUGGGAUCAUCUGUCCAUGGGACCAGGUGUCGUUUUUCCUGUUUAUUGUGUUUGUGGUGUACACCAUGCUGCCGUUCUCCAUGAGGGAUGCCGUAAUCGCUAGUGUCCUCACUUCAUCCUCCCACACACUUGUGCUCAGCAUCUGGCUCUCGAGCACUACCGAGCACAUGGAGGCCCUCGUCUGGCAGAUCCUGGCUAACAUCAUCAUCUUCAUCUGUGGAAAUGUGGCGGGAGCCUAUCACAAACACCUGAUGGAUCUGGCUCUCAAACAGACCUACCACGACACCUGCAACUGCAUCAAGUCUCCCAUCAAACUGGAAUUCGAGAAACAUCAGCAGGAGCGUCUUUUGCUGUCCCUGUUGCCCGCCCACAUUGCGAGGGUGAUGAAGGCAGAGAUCAUUCAGAGACUGAAGGGGCCUAACUUUGGCCAGGCGGAAAACACCAACAAUUUUCACAACCUCUAUGUACAGAGACACACCAAUGUAAGCAUUCUGUAUGCAGACAUUGUUGGAUUCACGCGUCUGGCCAGUGAUUGUUCGCCUGGAGAAUUGGUCUACAUGCUCAAUGAGCUUUUCGGCAAAUUUGACCAGAUAGCCAAGGAUAACGACUGCAUGCGGAUCAAGAUCCUGGGCGACUGCUAUUACUGUGUGUCAGGGCUGCCAGACCCUCUGACUGAUCACGCCAAGGACUGUGUGAAGAUGGGGCUGGACAUGUGUGAGGCCAUCAAGAAGGUGAGAGAUGCUACCGGAGUUGACAUUAGCAUGCGUGUUGGAGUGCACUCUGGGAAUGUUCUCUGCGGUGUGAUUGGCCUUCAGAAAUGGCAGUAUGAUGUUUGGUCACAUGACGUCACCCUGGCCAAUCACAUGGAGGCGGGGGGUGUACCUGGACGGGUUCACAUCUCUUCUGUGACACUGGAAAAUUUGAAAGGAGCUUAUCAAGUCGAGCCAGGCAACGGACAAAGCAGAGAUUCCUACCUGAAAGAGCACGGCAUCAUCACGUACCUAGUCAUCAACCCGAAGGCAGAAAAACGGAGUCCCCCACUACCUGCUCGGCUUCGUCCCACUCUGGAUGGGGCCAAGAUGAGGGCGUCUGUCCGCAUGACACAGUACCUCGAGUCCUGGGGAGCAGCCAAACCGUUUGCUAACCUCCACCAUCGAGACAGCAUGACCAACGAGAACGGCAAGAUCAACACACUCGAUGUGCCAUUAGGGCAGUACAGCUUUCAGCAAAGGUCUGAAAGAACAAAAUCGCAGAAAAAGAGAUUUGAAGAGGAGUUGAACGAAAGAAUCAUUCGCACUAUUGAUGGCAUUAACUCACAGAGACAGUGGCUGAAGUCGGAGGACAUUCAGAGGAUAUCUCUGUUCUUUCAUAAUAAGACACUCGAAAAAGAGUACAGAGCCACAACUCUGCCGGCCUUCAAGUACUACGUCACCUGUGCUUGUCUCAUUUUCUUCUGCAUCUUUAUAGUGCAGGUCUUAGUCUUGCCGAAAACCACCGUCCUUGGAGUUUCGUUCGGAAUGGCCUUCCUGCUGCUCGCCUUGAUCCUCGCCAUUUGUUUUGCUGGUCACAUACUGCAAUGGGGCAAAGCAGCCUCCUGCACAAUGCCCUGGCUCCCCAGCUCCACUAAAGUCAUCACCAACAAGCCCUGGAUACGACUUGCGCUCACCAUGGCAACCACUGCACUUAUCCUAGUCAUGGCCGUGUUCAACAUGUUCUUCUUAGGCCAAGAAAAGAUUAUCUCUACACGUCGGCCGUGGAAUGAAUAUUACUGUAGGUUAGACUUCCUGUGGAGGAACAAGUUUAAGAGGGAGUGUGAGGAGAUUGAGACCAUGGAGAACCUGAACCGGGUGCUUUUGGAGAAUGUACUUCCUGCCCAUGUGGCAGAACAUUUCCUGGGGCGAAACUGGAAAAAUGAGGAUCUUUACCAUCAGUCGUAUGAUCUUGUGUGUGUGAUGUUCGCCUCCAUCCCAGACUUCAAGGAAUUUUACACAGAAUCUGACGUUAAUAAGGAGGGAUUGGAGUGUCUCAGGCUCCUUAAUGAGAUUAUAGCUGAUUUUGAUGAGUUGCUGUCAAAACCCAAAUUCAGUGGUGUGGAGAAGAUCAAAACGAUUGGCAGCACAUACAUGGCUGCAACGGGGCUGAAUGUGACCCCUGGACUAGAGUACGCGCAGGACCACGACCGGCAGUACAUGCACAUUGGAACAAUGGUGGAGUUUGCAUUUGCUUUGGUGGGGAAGCUUGACGUCAUCAACAAACAUUCCUUUAAUGACUUCAAACUGCGAGUGGGAAUAAACCACGGCCCAGUAAUUGCAGGAGUAAUCGGAGCACAGAAACCACAGUAUGAUAUCUGGGGGAACACGGUGAAUGUAGCCAGUAGAAUGGAUAGCACAGGGGUGCUUGGGAAAAUACAGGUCACUGAGGAGACGAGUCGGAUCUUGCAGACGUUGGGCUACAUGUGUUCCUGUCGAGGGAUCAUCAACGUGAAGGGCAAAGGGGAUCUCAAAACCUUCUUCGUUCACACUGAGAUGACACGAUCCUUAUCACAAGGGAAUGUAAUGCCUUGAACCUCAGUCACACACCAGUCAGUCAUUGACCUGAUUAAAACAUGUACAGUUCAAUAUAGCGUUGGCCUACUGUAGUGGAGCUCUACAGCGUUCUGUUUGCACCACAUACACUAGAUUAUUUGCAUUGCUUUAUAAGUAAUGGAUGGCUCAGAGGCUCUGUGUAACCCAGACUUGUAAUUGUGUGUUGCUCAAUCCAUAAUUUAAAGCAGCUGAGAUUUUGUAAAAUAAAGACAAUUAACGAAGG